AUGCGGGUGGCCGAGGAGCAUCCGUCGCGUCCACGGCCGCCCCACGCGCCGCUCCCGCCCCCUGAUGACUGUGGCCGUCCGGGCCUGACGCUGCUCCAGAGUGUCCCUCCCUGUUGCCCAGAGUCCCUCGGGGCUUGGCCCACCGGCCCCCCUGGCAUUGGGGGCCCCCCGCCAUGCAGAGAUGCCUCCGACCCCUUCGACCUCGCCGAGCUGCUGGACGAGCUGCCGCGGAAGCAGAAGGAGGAGCUGUGGCGGAGGCUGCGGGGCUGGCUGGCGGCGCUGCUGCUCGGGAGCCCGGGGGCCGGCUGGCCGGCGGAAGGCCCCGGGCACGGCGACGCGGAGGCCGCCGAGACGAAAAAGAACAUAGAGGUAAUCCACGCCAUCACGUCUGUGAUCCUUGCUUCCGUGUCCGUGAUAAACGAGAGCGAGAACUACGAGGCCCUGCUGGAGUGCGCGGUCAUCCUCAACGGCAUCUUGUACACGUUGCCCGCCUCAGAGCGAAGGCUGCGCAGCUCCAUCCAGGACCUGUGUGUCAUGUGGUGGGAGAAGGGCCUGCCCGCCAAGGAGGACAUGGGGAAGACCGCCUUCGUCCUGCUGCUGAGGAGGAGCCUGGACACGAAAACGGGUGCAGACAUCUGCCGGCUGUGGCGCGUCCACCAGGCCCUGUACUGCUUUGACUACGAGCUGGAGGAGAGCCGCGAGAUCAGAGAGCUGCUGCUCGAGUGCUUCGUCAGUGUCAGCUACCUCAGGAAAGAGGAGGGGAGGAGGUUUCUCAGCUCGCUCUUCAGUUGGAAUGUAAAUUUCAUCAAGAUGAUCCACGGCACCAUCAAGAACCAGCUGCAGGGGCUGCAGAAGUCUCUGAUGGGGCACAUCGCAGAAAUCUACUUCAGAGCUUGGAAAAAGGCUUCAGGGGACAUAUUGGAGGCCAUCGAGAGCACCUGCCUGCAGGACCUCAUGUUCCACGGGAUCUACCUGCGGCGGCAGUCCCCGGUGCACGCCAAAGUGCGGGAGGUGCUGAGCUACUUCCACCACCAGAAGAAGGUGCGGCAGGGCGUGGAGGCCAUGCUGCACCGGCUCUACCAGCCUCUCCUCUGGCGGGGGCUGAAGGCCCGGAACUCGGAGGUGCGGUCCAACGCGGCACUGCUGUUCGUGGAGGCCUUCCCGGUCAGGGACCCGAGCUUCAGCACCGCGGACAUGGACAGCGAGAUCCAGAGGCAGUUUGAGGAGCUCUACAGCCUGCUGGAAGACCCCUACCCGGUGGUGCGCUCCACGGGGGUCCUCGGCGUCUGCAGGAUAACCUCCAAGUACUGGGAGAUGCUGCCGCCGACCAUCCUCAUCGACCUCCUCAAGAAGGUGACCGGGGAGCUGGCCUUCGACACCAGCUCCGCCGACGUGCGCUGCGCCGUGUUCAAGUGCCUGCCCAUCGUCCUGGACAACAAGCUGAGCCACCCGCUGCUGGAGCAGCUGCUGCCGGCGCUGCAGUUCAGUCUCCACGACAACGCGGAGAAAGUGCGGGUGGCCUUCGCGGACAUGCUGCUGAAGGUCAAGGCCGCGCGGGCGGCCAAGUUCUGGAAGAUCUGCCCCAUGGAGCACAUCUUGGCGCGCCUGGAGGCGGACUCGCGGCCGGUGUGCCGGCGCCUGGUGAGCCUGGUCUUCAGCUCCUUCCUGCCGGUGAACCAGCCCGAGGAGGUGUGGUGCGAGCGCUGCGUGGCGCUGCUGCACAUGAACGCCGCGGCCGCCAGGCGCUUCUACCAGCUCGCCCACGACCGUGGCAGGUGUGAAGCCAGAGUUCGUCUCUUGGGCGAGCGUCAGACGUGCUGUGCCGAGGAGCGGCCGCCCUCUGCGUCUCUGUGACCCCGGAGCGCCGCCGCCCGGGCCUGGCCUGACUCUCGGCCGCCACUCGGUCGCCCCCAGGGCCUGGAGAAGACGCUGUCGGCGAGCGACGUGGCGUCCAUGGCGGGCUUGCUGGAGGUCGUCGUGAUCCUCUGGAAGAGCAUCCAGCGGGGCUUGGACAGCAACCAGGAGGCCAAAGGCUACACCAUCAGCAAGUUCGCCGCGGCGCUGCCCGACUACCUGAGGGUGUUCACGGGCAGCGCCGCAUCCAGGCGCAGAGCCAAGGCCCAGGACGCCGGCCCGGCCAAGCCCGAGCUGGCGCUGGUGUACCUGGAGUACCUGCUCACGCACCCGAAGAACCGGGAGAGCCUGCUCUCGGCCCCCCGCAAGAGGCUGACGCAGCUCCUGAGGGCUCUGGAGACGUCGAAGGCGGACCUGGAGUCCAUGCUGCAGCCGCCCGACGGGAAGCCUCGCGCCUUCAGCGAGGCCGCGGCGCUGCGAGCCUUCAGCCUGCACUGCCGGCUGAGCGUCCACCUGCAGCACAGGCUCUGCUCCGAGGGCAGCGUUUCCCUGUCCGCCCUGGAAGACACCGGCUUCUGGCUGGAGAGCAGAGUCUUGUCGCUGAUCCAGGGCCAGGACGAGGAGGACCUGAAGCCGCGCCGGGUCGCUUACCAGCAGACCAUCCAGACCUACCUGACCGUGUGUAAGGACGUGAUCAUGGUCGGCCUUGGCGAUCACAGGUUCCAGAUCCAGCUUCUGCAGCGGAGCCUCGGCGUCAUGCAGGCAGGUGCGCUGCCCGGAAGGCGCCGACGGGUGCUGCCCGGAAGGCGCCGACGGGCCAUGCUCCUGCCCACGGCUGUCCUGGGCUGCAGCCUCCAGCGCCUCCUUGCCUCUGCUCAGGCCACGUGCGGCGCUCACACCACCGGUGACACGCGCCAGCCCACGGGGCAGGAGGGCACCACCGGCUGCGGUGAGGCCGUGGGGUCCCCGGACUCCCGACCUCCCCUGCCUCCCUGCGCGGUGCCCGGGCCCACGCCGGAGCCUGUGGACCUGGUGUGGUGGCGAUGCCCACGCUGGCUGCCCUCCCGCCCCGAUCGCUGGCCCCUGUCCACGCCUGGGAGCUCUCAGCACACACCGCGCUUGCCGGGACUCAGCCAGCUCCUCUUGCAGGGGACCAACUCAGCGGCGGGGCAGCGGGCGGCGCUGGGCAGGCACCACGCCACCAAAGAGCGGACAGGCAGUGACUGCCAGCCUCGGGGAGGCGUCCUGAAGGGACAGGGACACAGCGGCAUCGCUGCACCAUCAGAGCGGACACAGCGGGUGCUCGCUGCCCUGGUCAAGCGCGUGCUGAGGCAGCGAGCUUGCUGGAGGGGCCUGAGGGGGGGGCGAGGCGGGGGCCGCGUCCCCACCUGCCAAGGUGCUGGGGCUGCCGUGCUCUGGGCCGGAGGAUUCAACGUCGUGUUGAGUCCACUGUGCCGGGACUGA